AUGUUCAGUGUGAAUGUGGAAAUCGAUGACCCAGCACCCUCUCAUAGGGAGGCUGCCACUGCUAGCAUAGUAGCUGAUGUUCACUAUAAGACUUGCAACUGUCUCCUGGGUAAGCUUUGGAAGUCUAACAUAAGAAGGCCGAUGAUACUAGUUGGACCAAGUCUUGGUGCUGCUGUUGCAAUUGAUUUUGCACUCAAUAUUCCGGAUGCUGUAAGAAUUUCAUUCAAGCUAGUGUCGUAUUAAUUGCAGUUAAUUCAAGUUUAAUUCUGAAAUACAACCCCACAUCCCAAAUAUAUGUUGUUGGUGAAGUUCUUGUGUUAGCUGUUGCAGAAGCUUCCUAGCAGUAAUUCCCAUCAGGAUUGAAAAACUCAAGGUGAUUUGAGCACAAUAUGAAGUAAUGUGGGAUCCAAGCAAUGUCUCACAGGAAGUUAUUGGAAAAGUUUUGAGUGAUCGAAUUGAUUCUUUGUCCUUGCCCUUUCAAAUGAAGAGCCUUCUGAAUUCUAAAUAAUACAGGAUUCACAAACAUUGUAGCACCCUUUUUGUCAGAGAAGUUGGCUAUCCCUCUCCAGUUUGAAGGGUGUUGAGAGGGGUUGAAAGCACACCUGCCUCUAAUUUAUAAAGUAGAAUGUCAAUUGAGAGCAGUCUGCCCUACAGUCUGCAAACUGUGCUGGACAAAGAGUAACUAUGGUCGCUAAAGAUCAAUAAUUCACUGUUUUAGUACAAUCCUUAAACUAAAACUAAUUACUAGAAUAUCAUGCAUGCCAUAAAUGACUUGUUUGUUUCCUUCACACCAUAGUAAUCUGUUUUUUCCAGAUUGACACAAUUUGGUUGUUAGUCCGAAUUUGUUGUUGGUGCAUCUAUUCUAAUUGCAGUUGCAGAACUCGAAAACAGUGAGAUUGUAGUUUCAUGGUUCCCUCAAGAUGAAGCUCUCUGAGAUUUAGCACGGUGCAUGCAGUGACACUUCAUUUCAUGCCGACAUGUAUUUAUGUUUUUGAAUUUAAGGUUU